AUGGAGAGAUAUUCUCAAUUCCGAGAUAGAGGCUCGGGCAUUGCUCCCUUCCUCCCAAUCCCCGCUGAACCACUCGGAUUCCAAGCCCCCAUUCGCAUCUUCCUAUUUUGUUUCCGCCUUCCGGUAUUCAUCUUCGUCACUCUCAGCUACUUUUUGGUCCUUCAAUGGCUGCCUAUUGGAUCACUGGGCAAAAAAGCCGCUCUAUGGUGUAUCCUUGGAGUUCCAAGCAUCUGGUGGAUUGAUCUCCAAGUCGACGGAGUUCGAAAAGGGUCUCUGAAGCAGCAGCAAGCACGCCUACCACAGCCCGGAUCAGUCAUUGCCUCGUCCUUCACAUCGCCCAUCGAUGCCAUCUACCUGGCAGCUAUCUUCGAUCCGAUCUUCACAGUAUCCUACCCAAACACUCGCCAAGUUGAGCGCAUAUCUCUUCUGCAGGCCAUUCUGCGCGCCUUCGCCGCUCCAUCCACGCAGCCUUCCCCCGGCGCUAGCCUGGUUGAUAUCUCAACCUUGCUUGAGAAAUACCCCAAUCGGCCGAUUGUCCUAUUCCCCGAAUGUACCACCACAAACGGUCGCGGCAUCUUGACCCUGAGCAACUCCCUUCUCGGUGUACCUACAAAGACCAAGAUCUUCCCCGUCAGCAUACGCUAUACACCUAUGGAUAUCGUGACCCCGCUUCCUGGGAGCUAUAUCAGCUCAUUGUGGACCCUGCUCAGCAAGCCGACUCAUUGCAUUCGCGUUCGCAUUGCGGAGUGCGUUACAGGCAGCCAAAAUUCUACCGAUUCACCUCUUUCUCGCUCCACCGGCAAAUCGACAUAUAGUACCAAUUACCUGGACGCCCUGGACGAAAAAAGCCAAGAACAGGCCUCGGCCAGCGAGAAGGCGCUGUUAGAUAACGUGGGAGAGUCGCUCGCCCGUCUUGGGCGGGUUAAGCGCGUUGGCUUAGGCGUGAAAGAGAAGCAGGAGUUCUUCCGCGCGUGGAGUCAGAGUCGUCGGACGUGGUGA